UCUUGUACUCGGAUGAUUUCGCUCGCGAAACACUCAGUGCGCUGCAAGCGCUCCGAGCACGCGUAUCAACUUUACGCUUUUGAAAGAGGGAAAAAAAAGGGAUCAGGAUCGACAGAAAGAGUUAAAUGAUCCCCCUUAACGCGUAUCGAAAAGGUCGAUCGAGUAAUUAAAACACGCUUUGAAUCAAACUCGCGCGGAAUCGGUUCAGCUUAUUUUUAUUCCCUCUUGAACUGAAAGAAAAGAAAAGAAAGAAACUGAUCGGGUGUUAAAUGUUGAAAGAACAUUCGGAGCCAAACGAUAUCGAGCGCAUAUUUUAGAAAGGGAAAUCUAAAAGUGUCCGGUUCCUGGUGUUUAAUGGGACAAAAAGUGUGGAUAAAAUAUGGAUUCGACGCGGCGACGGGAUAAAAGGAUCGUCGGGUGGAAGUUUUUUCAAAUUGUUGCGAGUUGUUCUCGGGAAGAACCUUGAGAAAAAGUUGGUAAAGUGCAACGUGCCGUUUAGGAAUAUUGCUGUGCGUCUGGGAAAUUAAAGAAAUUGGGGAGAAAGUUUGAAGAGAAAAAGAAAGCAUCCAUUUUCCAGAUCCGCGUACGAUUAAUUGGAAGGAGCGUGUCAAGAGGAAACGAAGAGGAAGACGAAGGAAUUCAAAACACAAAAGACGAAGAAAUCCAGGGAUCGAAAAAUCAGUGGCAAGGAUUUUCUUGUCGGACGAUUCCUAAUCAUAGACUCGAUUAUCUCGAUAGUCACCGGAGGAAAUCGGUCCCGACUGGAAGUGACAUAAAAAGAUCUCACCCUAUAGACUAAUUUGAUCGCGAUUGACUCCGUGAAACUACCGUGAUACUUGAACAAAAAUCUCGUUUGCAUUUGCUGUUUUUCUUUUCGCAAGAAGGCCUAGACAUCGAAGGCCAAAUCGUAAUCGACUUUCGAGUCAAUUAGUAAUUUGUAUCGAAACGACUAAGGAAAGUAAGAGGGAAGGUUUCUAUUUUUCUGUUAGAGCGAAAAGGAUACGUGACUCCGAUGGAGAAUUAAAGAUAUUGAAAAGGAUGAAGGAAGAUUCGUUCAGCGUCCGUGAUAAAUUGACUGACUUAAAUACUUAUUGCGAAGAUCCGUGGAAAAUCGUUACGUCGAUCCAGUAAUCCGAAGAGGAGCGAAAAAGAAAUAGCUUUGCAACCGUCAACGAACAAAGGAUUAAGAUAAAGCAUUGCAACGUUAAAUUUAUCCGAAAAUUGAACGAAAGCUGGAAAGACGAACGUUCGAUAUUUAUAAUGAAAACGUUAGAAAAAUUGAAACGAUCGAUCUCCUUCGAGACCGGCAAUCAUGAAGGAUUAAGAGUGAAAGCUUCUCAGUUAAAUUGAAUAAGUGAAAUAUUUAUAACGAGGAUCGAAGAAAAACCGUGCUGUGUUAUCUCUGUAAUCGAAAUCGUAACAGAAGUGGAUUUUCAUUGAAGAGGAAAAAUGUGUGGGUAGUUUUCGAGAAGUUCUGACCAAUAGCCAACGAGAAGGAUUAAAUGGGAAAGCUUGUUCGUUCGGUUCUAAUCAAAAGGACUUCCCCAUUUUCGGUAUCCGUGAAGAUUAACGGGGAAACUUUACUACAAAUCUGUGAUGCGGAAGGUUAAAUUAGAAACAAUUCCAUAUAAGUGAGAUACGGUGAUUGAGAAUAUUCUGCAAAUCGAUACACAACACAGACAAUUGAUAGAAGAUCGCACGAUUUACCAUUGUGACUCCUUUUACGUAUAUUCUCGCGAGUUAAUAGCGAAUAUUAGUCAGCAUGAGUGUCAAGUAAUUAUGUCAUGGUUUCACGAUACGCGGACACACGUACCUGGAAAUGCGGGUUAACGCGUCACUGUUUGCACAGAUUUUCAGAAAAAGAAGCCAAAGAAGGAAAGAAAUUACCAGUUACUACGAAAUCCCGAUAUAUUGCAGAUGUACGUACGGAAAGCUUUCGAAACUUCCAUCGAGAUUAGGCAAAUUGAAGUCGACUCGGUGGCGUUUAAGAAAAGAGCUGAGACAGAGGAAACGAGAUAGCACUUUAAAACGUCGAUAAGAUCUCUGUACGUCAUGGUACCGAAAUUGUUCCUGCUCGGCUCUCACAGGGUUGAAAGGUAGUGAGAGUCGAAUCGAAAUACAACGAAGGAUAUUAAACAAUUUUUCUUUUCAUUUUAUUUUUUUCCCGAAGAAUCUCUAAGGUACAAUGAACACAAAGAAUUGGGUUUAAAUGGAAACGAUUCUCGAUCGAUACGUAGAAAUGGUAACGUAAGCACGGAACAAAAACGAUAAAGAAGAAGAGGCUAAUGAAGACGAUACGAUAUCGUCGAAAAGACGAGAAGAAGGUAGCCUAAAAUAAUGGAAACAAGCUUCGAAAUCUUUAACGCGACCAGUUACUACGAUGCUGGUGAAUUAUUGGAUAAUUCAUCGAUUAACGAGAAUUUAGUGAAACGGUUCGAGUGCAAAGAGGAAAUCAAUUCGACCGGUCUCUUCGAUUUCAUUAUCUACGGGGUUCUAAUAAACUUGGUCAGUAUUUUCGGGAUAUUUGGCAACGCGAUCUCGAUGAUCAUCCUCUCGAGGCCGCAAAUGAAAUCGUCGAUUAAUUACCUCUUAAUUGGGCUCGCCAGAUGUGAUACAGUGUUGAUCAUCAGUUCGGUAUUGAUUUACGGCUUACCAGCGAUUUACGGAUACACCGGCCUAUUGUUCAACUACAAAUUCAUUAUCUAUCCAAAGAUAGUACGAUUCUUGUACCCGUUGUCCUGUAUGGCGCAAAUAGCAACUGUAUAUCUGACUUUAACAGUGACGUUAGAGAGGUAUAUCGCAGUGUGUCAUCCCCUGAAAGCUAGGUCCUUCUGUACGUACGGAAGGGCUCAACUAGCUGUGCUGGUUAUCGUGAUAUUCACUUUUAUUUACAAUUUACCCAAAUUUUGGGAGGUAGAAGUCUACCCGGAGACACACUGGAAGUACAAAGUAACAAUAUACUGCCUGCGUCCGGCGGACUUAAGAAACAGCAACUUGUAUGUCACCCUUUACGUCCACUGGAUGUACUUCUUCAUUUGUUAUCUGUUUCCGUUCCUCGCUCUGGUGAUCUUCAACGCGGCCAUCUAUCGAAGGGUGAGAAAAGCGAACAGAGAUCUGCAACAGCUGUCCCGGCAUCAAAGACGCGAGAUCGGUCUGGCGACGAUGUUACUCUGCGUGGUGAUCGUUUUUCUGAUCUGUAACAUCCUUCCACUCGCCUCGAACAUUCACGAGACCUCGUUUGUCACCGAUCCACCCCUUUGGCUGGUAGAGACCGGCAAUCUUCUAGUCACGAUCAACAGCAGCAUCAAUUUCAUCAUCUACGUGAUCUUCGGCAGGAAGUUUAAGAGGAUAUUCCUGAAAUUGUUCUGCAGCUCGAAUCUGUUCGGUCCAGGAAGGGACAGCCCGGAAUUCCAGACGUACGACGAGUCGAUCGUCACCAACAUGACCAACUUAGAACCUAGAAAUUCAAUAAGAAAUUAUCACCUUAACAGAUCGAGUACGAUCAGGAACAACAACGUACCGAACGGUAGCACCCGACGAAGCUUGAAAAUCAGCGGUAGACCCGCAAGUCCGGGUCCUUGCGUCUAUUAUCCUGCGAGAAGUCCUGUCAGGAGCCCUAGUCAGAUGUCCAGAACGUCCAGCGGGCAAAACGGAUGGAGCAAAAAAGACAUGGACUCGGUGCUAUAGUAAAUACCGGAUGAUCCGAUUCCAAUAAAGUCCAGCGACUAUUUUCCCUGCAACAAUGCACGUUGCAUUCAGCGCGACGUCUGAAAGACGAAUCGAGAGGAUUCGAAGGUUCUUACGAGCGUUACGAGUCAAUCGAUCGUAGUCGAUUGAUCUUUAGAAAGAGGAAAAAACAUAUUGUAUCGAUAAUUCCUUUAUCCCCGCCUCUGUACAAUACAGGGAUGCUAAGAAAGAAACGCUCAUGGAUUAUAGAGGUGAUUCUCCGCGUCCUGUUCGAUGAACAUUUGGAUAAAAACCAAGCCAGAAACUUAUAGUUAUUCUGGAAAAGACAGAUGGAUGUACGAAAGUUGAGAAUGGAAGGAUUUCUAGUCAACUCGUUUGUAAAGUUACUUACAUCGUAUCCACUCGAUCAGCUGACCAAUUAAUCCAAUCGCCUCUGUAAUUGAUGAUUAUCACUUCUUGUACACUAUCUGUUUCUAGUUACCGUAAAGAAAACGCUCGAUUAUAACUAUACCUUAUCUGUCGCCAUCUUGAUGUUGUGCGAUUAUCUGAAACUUUAAAAGUGUGAUGCAUUUCACCGCCGAUUGCUUUUUACUGUACAUAUUGUAUACGAGGGUACAAUAGAAUCUUCAUUAUUCCUUUUUUUUUUCUUUUUUUUGCUAUCAAUAGCUGUGUAACGAACAAUGAAGAAUAAUAGAGAAUCUGCUAUACUUCAACGUCCAACUAAAUGAACGUUCCUCGAAAAGCGUAAGAUCAUCUCCUUUUCUAUAGACUAAGGUGUGUUAAUAAUGUAGAAAAUUGAUACACUUUUGGAAAAUCUAUGGUACUAGGCAUAUUAAAGAGUUUAACCCUGAUGCACAAGAAAAUUCGUUAAAUAUAAAGCUUUCUCAAAGACCAGACUCGAUGUUAUAAAUUAUUAAUUACUAUAUCUGUGUCAAAAGUGUAAGAGAUGAUGUAGAACAGAUAAUUACUAUGUACAGCCGCUGAAAUUUUUACAUUACUUUCCAUGCAUUUAUUAUACUGCAAAAUAUGAAUUUUAAUUACUAACAGAAGAAAAGUAUAUGUGUAUACUUUGUAAUUAAUUAUUAUUUAAACGAUGCAUAAGGGUUAAAACUUCGAUUACUCGUGUAUUCGGUGUGAAAAAGAAUGAAUAUCAAAAUUAUCAUCUUACACGAGUGUGGAAUUAUAUAUACUGUAAGUAGACAAUACAAUGUUCAUGUAAAAACCGCGUCCUCAUUAUUAUAGUGCACAAAGAUUUUAGUAAGUUGUAAGUAUCAUCUAAGAAAUUACAUUAUUUUAAUAUGUAAUCGCGAAAUGGAAUUUUCUUCGAUGCAUGGAUAACUUAUGUACAUACAUAUAAUACAUAUGUAUACCCAUUACUUUUUUUCAAUGAUAGAAAAAAGAGAAACGACCAAAACGAUAAAAAGAAAAGAAAAAUUUCCAUGCUAUUCCUACACUUUUAAUAACUUUUCGUUAAUAAACUGAACGAAACGCGAAUACAGUAUUAUCGAUAACUGAGCCAAUGUAAAUAAUAUUUCAAGUCGAUUUCCAUUCGUUUUCAUAUUCGAGCAACUUAUAUUUACAUAUAUUUACACUUUAAAACAAUACAUGUUUACAAUUGUUUAUAAUAAUUGUAAAUUAUGACAUACCAUUGUUUACUUUCAAAUACAGAGUAGGAUCUCGAUUAUGCGUAGAAGGAACAAAUAAUCAUAUAACGUGUUUUCCCGGUUUUUCUCAGCUCUACUGUAUAUUUUUUUAACGUUUCACAAGAUCACUGCUAUUGUCAUUCGAAUAAUCGAGGUCUUAUCGUGUACUCCGAGGCACUAAUAAAAAAAAACAUUAUUCUUCGUCGUAACUCGCUUAUUAUUUUGAAGCAUUAAGGUGUUCGAUGUUAAUUAACAAUAUUUACAUAGUAAAACUUUACGAAAAUUCCGAACGUUGCUUUUACGUUUUCUUGCGCCAUCUAGGUACGAACCGGAAGAUUAAAAUUUCAUUCCACUUUCUUACAAUUGAACGCAAUAUUUGAAAAUCUUUUGACGUAUAUAAAAUUAUAAAUAGAAAAGUUUGUUCAUUCCUUUACAAUUACACCUUAAUGUUUCAGAAAUAAACACAAUGUACCUGAGGUUGUUUAACUAAGUAGGUCAUUCUAGAUUUUUGUUUUAAUUACACACUUUUCGAGCCUAAACUUUGAUAUACUUUUGUUGAUUAUAUACGUACACAUAUCUUACAUAAAAGAUUAGCACAGUCCGGGCAUCAAUAAAUUCACUUGCUUUUGCUUUUGACAAA